AGCCGACAGUAUUAUUCGAUGUUUCAAGAGUGGUCACACUGCGACGAAUUCCGAUAAAAGUAAACAUAAAUAAUCUUUGAAUGUGUCUAGAGAGUAUUUAAAAAAUAAGUCCCCGUAAUUAAACAAACGUUAUGAACAAAAGCAACCACAACACAUCGGACACCGAAAGCGAUGAAGAUUAUACUAUUGAUUGUAAUAAUGGGACUCCAGAGAGCAGUGACGAUUCAGACGCCAGUGAGAACCCGGAAGAAUCGAAAUACAAAUCUUCGAAACGACGUAUAACUUUUAAAUCAAAAACUGAUCCGAUUCAAAAUGUCUCAAUACCAGCUCCGCGCCAGACCCGACAAUCUGCAGCAUCUGAAAACAUCAUAAAAUCAUCGGAAAAGGAGGAGUUACAAUCUGACGAAGAGGUCGAUAAAACUCGAUCUGACACGCUGUGGGCCGAUUUUCUUAGCGAUGUUGGUACAAACAUUAUAACUAAGACGGAAACCAAUUCUAAUAAAGCGACUGAUAAAGCAACUCUCGAUGUCAAUUCCGACGCACUUGAACGUUCCCAUACAUCCACAGACAAAGCCUCGAACGGCUUCGAAAAGUCGUUAGUUGUACAAAAAAAACACACAGAAGAAAGUGUCUAUGCCCCCAAGCGACAGGCUAAAGGCAGCAGUGUCAGCGCAGUCUUAAGUCAAUUUACAAAAAAGAAAAAAAUGUCUGUUCUGGAAAAGUCUAAGGUGGAUUGGAAGGACUUUAAAACUGACGAAGGUAUAAACGAGGAACUUCGCACCCACAACAAGGGAAAAGACGGAUAUUUAGAACGACAAGACUUUUUGCAGAGAACCGAUUUACGACAGUUUGAAAUUGAGAAAAAAUUGAGGCAGUCCAGCCGACAAAACUGAUGUAAAUAUAUCUUAGCCGUGGCGUUUUAAUUGUAUUCAUUCCUCCGUAUCAUAUCUUAUUUAAUUAAAAAUAAUAAGAUGCAUUCAAAUUAUUCAAACAUAUUUAUACGUUAGAAUCGAAACUUUACAGAUCACGGACAGAUCACCACAAUGAAAAAACUGACUUGAA